AUGGAUACUUCGUGCUGGAAGGUCAAAGUCCAACCUCAUCCCGGCUCAUCGGUGCAUGAUAUUGCCACCGAGCCGAACUGGGGUGUUGGCCACGAGCAUCGUGUAGGGUAUAGGAAUAGCAGCAAUCGCUUACCAGGGUUGACCGAUGAUGGGGAUUACCACGCAGAGAUUGAGCAGGCGCAGUUGGCGCGGAAAGAACUAGAGGAGGAGAUAACCCAUGGGACACUGAUCAAUUUCCGCCAGCUGAUUGAACACCAGCCCGACUUCCACCUCAGACACCCCGAGAAUAAGUCUCAGGGCUGGAGAUAUGUGCUUGAUACCACGGAGGACUGGGUGAAGCAGAAGCAAGACUGGCCUAUUAACAUUCGUAGAAAGCAAGAGGAACAAAAAAGUGCGGCAAAAAAUGACAAAGAAAAGAAAGAGAGGAGGGCUCAACAGGAGCAUGAGUGGCGGCGAGAUUCUGACACGGAAAAACACAACGACGCUUAUGCCGUCAAAAACGCGUCAAGCGAUAAAGAAAAACGUCUCGAGGACAUGUAUUCAAUGCACGAAAUUGCUCUGCUUCGGGGUCUAGAGCAUGAGAAUGACUACGUGUCGCAUCUCAAAGAAAAUGAUGGCAAAGGAAACGCGCCCAAGGUGCCAAAUCAGACGCAGAUCUCUAUCGAUGAGCAGGACCAAUUCAGUCCUGAUAAUUGGCUUCCUCGUUCCUCGCACCUGAUCCGUAACACGGGCAAGCACCCAUUGAAUGCCGAGCCCGACCUAAGCCAGCUCUUUUCCUCUGGCUUAAUUACACCUAAUGAGCUACACUACGUUAGAAACCAUGGGGGUGUCCCAAGACUAUUGUGGGAGUUCCACCAGCUCAAGGUCGAGUAUAACAGCACAACAAAGAUAUACUCCAUGGAGGAUAUUAAGGGCUUCGACGUCAUCAACAUACCUAUCGCGCUAGCGUGCGAUGGUAACAGGAGGAAAGAGCUCAAUAUGAUGAAGAGAAGCAAGGGGUUCGAUUGGGGACCUGGGGGUGUUAGUUGCUCUUACUGGAAAGGCCCUCUACUCAGAGAUGUUCUAGUCGAUGCGGGAGUUCCAGAAUUGCCGCCUGAUCUGGGUGGCAAGCGAUAUUGGGUCAAUUUUGAGGGUGCGGAUGAGCUCAGCGAGGGGAAUUAUGCGACAUCAAUCCCGUUUGAAUAUGCCAUGUGUGCGCAAAACGAUAUUCUCCUGGCCUAUGAGAUGAAUGACGUUCCGUUGCCGCCGGAUCACGGGUAUCCCAUUAGGGUGAUAAUUCCAGGCUACGUAGGAGGCAGAUGCGUCAAAUGGCUGCGGAAGAUAUGGAUUAGCCAGGAGGAGAAUAAGUCUCACUAUCAUAUUUGGGACAAUCGUGUCCUCCCCGCCUUUAUCUCUGAGAUGGACGGUCCUUUUGCAGAAGCGCUAUUUCGGCAUCCGGAUACGGCCUGCAAUGAACAGAACCUCAAUUCUAUUAUUGCAAAGCCUGCCCAUGGCGAAACAAUAUCACUAUCCCAGGCCCGGAAAGGCAGCAGCUAUCGUAUAGCAGGUAUCGCAUAUGAUGGUGGGGGCCAUGAGGUGCAGCGAGUCGAGGUUUCUCUUGACAAUGGCAAGACAUGGCUAUACUGUAUUCGCAGAUUUCCCGAAGCUCCUAUUCGACAUGGUAAUAAGUACUGGGCAUGGGUUCAUUGGCAUGUUGACGUUGACGUUGUUCAGCUUCUCCGAGCGAGUAGUAUAACUGCGCGGUGUUUCAAUGUCUUUAAAAACACGCAACCUAGGGACCCGAACUGGAACAUCAUGGGAAUGAUGAAUAACUGUUGGUACACUGUCAAACUGGAGAUAGUGAAUCGGGAGCAGUCGGCUGUGCCCUACAUGCUAUUCCGCCAUCCGACGGAGCCUGGCAAGGGAGAAGGCGGCUGGAUGAAGCCAAGCACUGAAAAUCGGAUUUCUGAUACUAGACAGGAGGCCAGGGCUCCACAGAAGCAGUUCACGCGUGAGGAAAUCGAAAAACACGAUAAACAGCAUGACUGUUGGAUCGUGGUAGAUGGAAAAGUUUACGACGCAACGAGCGUUUUGGGGUGGCACCCCGGAGGCCCUGCAGCCAUUCUCGAGCACGCAGGGAAGGUUCACCAAGAUACUACGGAUGAGUUCUCUUCUAUACAUGAUGACUUUGCGAUCCAGAAGCUGCAAGAGAAGACCGCAAACUUUAUCAAGAAGAACGCGGAAGCUGCUGCCAAAGAGACAGCGUUAUCAUCUGCAAAGGACGAUCAAAUUCGAGAAUAUAUACUUUUGAGCUUCCUGGAAACAAGAGCCUACACUCCUACAAGGCCUCUCUUGCCUGCUCUAAGCGACACCAAUCCUCCCAGAGACCCAUACAGGGACGGCGAUGGAACCUUCGAUCUGACUGUCAAGACCUAUUUCGCCGAUGAAAAUCAGCCUGGAGGUGCAAUGUCUUCCAUCCUUGAUUGCAUUCCGCUUGGGGAAGAAGUGGAGAUCCGUGGUCCGACAGGCGAGAUUGUAUAUAAUGGUGACGGCAACUUCAUUAUUGACGGCAAGGAAUGCCACUUUAGCCGUGUUUCGUUGGUCCUAGGUGGUUCCGGCGUCACCCCUGGCUAUGCUCUUGUCGCUCGCGUUAUAAUGACUCCCCAAGACAAGACUACGAUAAGUCUCAUUGACGCUAACAAGACAGAGGACGACAUCCUUAUGCGAGAUGAACUAGACCAGUUCCGGCGGGAGUCCAGGGACAAGCUGCGAGUGACGCACAUUUUGAGCCAUCCUAGUGAUAGUUGGAAUGGGCUCAGGGGUCAUGUGGAUGAGGUCAAAAUUAAGGACAAUCUAUUUCCACCGAGCGACGACUCGGUAGCCUUCUUGUGCGGCCCGCCAACAAUGAUUCAAAAGGCAGUUUUGCCAGUGUUGAAGGAAUGGGGCUAUAUUGAGGAUGAGAAUGUAUUCGGAUUCUAG